AUGAAUUCAAACUACUACUAGAUUUCCAAACAACCAAAUGGAAAGUUAUAUGAGCCCGCGCAAGGUUCGGGAAAGUUAACUAGUAUCCCUCAAAAUUCUCAAAGUUUGUCAUAUUAAAAAUAUUUUGUGAAUUAUUUAAAUCCACAAAACUCUCUGUAAGUUUUACAAAUCUAACCAAACUCUAAAAAUUUAAUAAAUUUUAUGAUUUUCCAAAAUCAACUAAAAUCUUUUUAAAUCUAACUUCAUAUAAGUCCCCUUUUCUUUUUUCUUAUAUUUAUGUUGAAGCAAAUACAAGUACCAAAGUACAUGGAGUUAUUCUUCUUGGGAAAACGGUCUAUUCCCCCACGAACUAUAUGACUUCUGAGAGUCCAUACACCAACUAUCAAGCCAUGCCUAACACCUCACGAACUACCGUUUUUUGGUCCAUAACUACAAAACCGCAGACGGUGUUAGAUGACCGUCAACGGUUUCUGACGUGGCAGGCAGGUGUAAAACCAGUUUUAUCCGGUUUGAUUUUUAAUUUUUUUUUUUAAUUAAUGAUGCAAAACGACGUCGUAUCAUCUAAAUUUACCAAAUCCGAAGAGACAAAACAACGUCGUUUGCAAUUUGGAGAAAAAUUAAAAUUAGGGUUCGAUAUUUGGGUAGAACGAGAUAAUCAAUGAUUUCAUAGUGAGGUGAUUUCGCAGAGGAGAUGAUUUCGCAAAGGGGAUGAUUUCAGUCGAAGAAUUGGUAGUUGCGAGUUAGUCCAUUUCGAUUUUGCGUUAGAAGUAGCCGAAUAUCCGAGUUCCGAGUCUUUCUCAGUAUCAACAAUGAGUGGUGAAGGCGAGAGGCCGAUAACAUUUGGGUGUUUCUAUGGUGGGAAGUUUGAACAUGUUGAAGGCAAACAUGUUUACACAGGUGGAGGAUAUCGAUAUAUUGAAGCUCGACCAUAUUCUUUGUUUACAGAGGUGAUGAAUCAGCUUCCGGUGAGUCUGUUAGGGCUACUAAAACCUAUGGAAGCUGUAAAAGGAGGAGGUCUGAGGAUGGUGCACUAUCAUCAAGUUCUAAUGCAGAGGGAAACAAGACUUUCGAAGCUGAUUAGACAACCAUCCGACCUCCUAGUGUUAAAGCCGCAAAAGCCAGAUGUAAGAAGGAAUCAGUGGAGGGGAAGGCUGAUACCACCUGGUUUUUGACCAUUUUUAUGGAUCAUAUUAUUCAGGUGUUUUCACUCAGUUUUAAGGGUUCAUAAGUGGUUUCCAUGUUUUGGAGUUUUAAAUGACUUUUCAGGAAACUUGGAUUCUUGGAGUGCAUUUUGGAGCAAAAAUACAUUUUUGGAUAUAUUCAGGCCUUCAGAAGUUUGGCCACCAAAGAAGACAUUCUGACUGUCUGAUCAUCCCCAAAUUUGGAAAUAUUAAAUAAUAUACAAACAGCUUUCCAACACACUUGGAAUCAAUGCAAUUCAACGGUUAGAUCUUCAGAUAUCAUCAAUGCACUGAAGGUUAAUCAACACAGUCCGGGAAGGUACAUGAGCUUUCACCCGCGGCAAAGCCCCCCUCCACCGUCGCUCAGCCCCUUCACCCGUGGUGGACUUCUAUCCGAAUCACAGAAUCCCAUCUAAGGCCCAAGUCAUUCUCUGCACUCAUUUUACAAGCCUUAGACGCCCAGAAGAGAGGAAACAGUAUAAAUACUCUUUUGUAGGUCUAUUGUAACCAAGCCUCUUUCAUCUCUUUAAGAGAGAACUUCAUCUUAGUUUUAGGUUUUACUUUUAUGCAAUUGUAGAAGCUUUUCAUCGCUAACAUUGUCUUCAAUCAGAGAAGUUUUUCUGCAUCUUUUGUUUCUCUACUUUAUUGCUUUUUCAUUCUUAAACCAAUGAUGAUGUCAAGCUC